AUGGAUCUCGACAUAACGGACCUUGACACAGCGGAUCUUGUUUUACAAACUGCACUGCAAGAGGUUGAGGAAUUUUUGACGUCAUUGAAUCGUGAUGCAAACGAUGGGGGAGCGCGGAUAUCAAGACAAUCGCGGUUCGAUCAGGCCGCCAUUCUUCAAGAUAUCCACAAUCAUGGGGUGAAUGAAGCUCCAGCAGCUCGCGCACCUCCUCAACCCCAAGCACUUCUUCAACAACAGGUACAUCCUCCACUACAAGCACCCCGUGGCGCCUCAGGCCUGACUCCCAACCCAGAUGCCAAGGCUGUAGCCCACAAGCAAGCAGAUGUCACGACUACUUUGACUGUGCCUCCGGGUAUCUUGCGAGAGUGCGUUGCUUGCUCGGAAAGUCAUCCGGAGCUUAACAUGAUCCAGAACAGCUGCUCACAUGUAUAUUGCCAAGGGUGUUUUAUCCGCCUUCUUCAAAGCUCUCUGGCCGAUGAAAGUUUGUUUCCUCCUCGUUGUUGCCGUCAAACCUUGCCAUUAAAAGCUGCGCGUGGCAUCAUCGAUGAUGGACUAUGGGCGAGAUUCGAGAAAAAUGCAAUUGAAAAUGGAGAUCAAUCUCGCACGUAUUGCUCGGGUCCGGCUUGCUCUCGCUACAUUCUGCCAGUAAUAUCAUUCAUCUUGGAGAAUCUGUUGAUUACCGUGCAGAGGUCCUGGAAUUUGCAAGAGCACAAGGAUGGCAACAAUGCUCGAAUUGCCGUCAUCUUGUUGAGCUUCGUAGCGGCUGCAAUCAUAUCACAUGCCGUUGCCAUCAUGAAUUCUACUAUGUGUGUUCAACUCCAUGGAAGCAGUGUGAAUGCGCCCAUUGGGACGAAGCCAGGCUCCAAGAGCGAGCAGAGCGGAUUGCGGCUCGGAACCAGCCCGCUCCUCCUACACCACAAAAUUUUGAACAAGCAGCUCAAUUUCUAA